AUGAGCCACAUCAGUGAGAAGAAGUCAGACAUCUCUGGACUGCGCCUCCAGCUGCUUGUCUCCAUGGCGAUGUCUACGGAGAUGCUGAAAGAGAUCCUCCACAGGUUUCACUCUCUAGCCCCCCUCAGAGACGGAGUAGUUAUCAAACACUUCAGUGACCCAUCUGCAGAAAGAGCCCACUCAGGCCUAGGACUCACGUUAGAACUCUCCUCGGAGAUCACAGAGGACGACCUCACCGCUCUCCUCCGCAGGCUGCGGGACAUCACAUCCUCCCAACAUGACAUCACAUCCUCCCAACAUGCGGAGUGUGACCAGCUGUUCUCCUGUCUGCGUUCUGUGCCGGGUCUGAGGAAGGUGGAGCUGACCGCCUGCUGCCUGACUCCCAGCUGGGCCAAUGGGAUCCUCAUUCUCUCCAGACGCCAGCAGGGGGCAGCCUGCCCUGGGAUACAGGCAGUGGAGAUUGUUGAGAUUUUGCAGGUAACCAUGGAUAUAAUACUUGAAAAGAAGAUCAUUCUAUCCGAGAUCCUGUCUGCUGAAACAGCUUUUAUUCUCCAACAUGUUCAGCAGAACAAACUCAUCACAGAUCGUGACUAUAGGGCUCUUAAAAGCCUACCUCAAAACACUGAGAAGAUGUCUGUUGAAGUGCUGGAUAAACUGAGAGACAAGGGGGAAGACGCCUGCACCCAGCCGGGUGAAGUCAGAGAGAAGCUGAAAUCCCGUUUUAAAGACACAUUUAAAUGCAUCUAUGAAGGCACCUCUGAGGAAGGAGAGCACACGUUUUUAAAUGACAUCUUCACAGAGCUGUAUGUCGUCGAUGGUUUUACGGGAGAGGUGUGCCAGGAUCACGAGGUGCUGCAGAUGGAGGACUCCUCCAGGAGAGCUCCCACGGAGCAGACUCUGGUCAGAUGCAACGACAUCUUUAGGGUUCCGUCUGAGGAACACACUCCCGUCAGAACCGCGCUGACCUUAGGUGUUGCUGGCAUCGGAAAGACAGUCUCUGUACAGAAGUUUGUCCUGGACUGGGCAGAGGGAACAGCCAAUCAGGAUGUAGAUUUCAUAUUUGUGCUUCCGUUCAGAGAGAUGAACCUGUUAAGGGACGACCAGUUCAGUCUUCCAGGACUUCUGCUCUACUUCCAUCCUGAACUUGAAGAACUAAAAGAGGCUUACAUUUACAAAGAGAGUAAACUUGUGUUCAUCUUCGAUGGUCUUGAUGAAAAUCAGAUUCCGUUGCAAUUUGAACGCAGCAAAAAGCUCUCUGACAUAACAACAGUGUCACCUAUAACCCUGCUGAUAACAAAUCUGAUCAAAGGAGAGCUGCUUCCCUCUGCUCUCAUCUGGAUAACUUCUCGACCAGCGGCAGCCAAUCAGAUCAAUCGAAAGUACAUCCACCGUGUUACCGAAAUAAAAGGAUUUAGUGACGCACAGAAAGAGGAAUACUUAAGGAAGAGGAUCAGAGAUGAGGAUGAAGUGCAAAAAAUUAUCUCCCACAUAAAGAAAUCAAGGAGUCUCCACAUCAUGUGCCACAUACCAGUCUUCUGUAGGAUUACAGCUGCCGUACUGCAGAGAAAGUUGAAAGAAUGGGAACAAGUAAAACACGACAGCGGAAACACUGCCUCAACUACUUUGACAGAAAUGUAUUUGCGCUUCCUGCUCAUUCAGACAAAUCAAAUGAAUGAGAGACACAUCAGAAAUGAUGGCUGUCUCCUAGUGAAGCUAGGCAAGUUAGCAUUUUCUCAGCUGGAGAAGGGACAUAUUGUAUUUUACGCUACGGACCUCAUGAACUGUGGCAUUGAUGUCAAGCAAGCUUUGGUGGACUCAGGGAUUUUCACACAGAUCUUAAAAAGCGAGGGAAAGGUAUUCAGCUUUAUACAUUUAAGCUUGCAGGAGUUCCUCGCUGCCUCAUACGUGUUUCUGAUGUUUGCAGACGACAACGUCAAUAUCCUGCAAAGGGGAUUCAUUACAGCUUCCAUAAAAUUUCUAAAAUUGAGGACAAACUCACUACAUGAUCUCCACAGGACUGCAAUAGAUAGUGCUCUACAGAGUUCAAAUGGACAUCUGGAUCUUUUCCUCCGCUUCGUCCUGGGCCUGACGCUGGAGUCCAGUCAGAGGCUCCUGAAGGAGCUACGUCCAGAAACGGAGAUCAGAGUAGGGAGCGUGACGGAAACCGCUGACUACAUAAAGAAGAAGCUUAACGAGGACAUCCCCUCAGAGAGGAGUAUAAAUCUUCUGCACUGUCUGAGCGAACUGAGAGAUGACUCGCUCUUGUCUGAAGUCCAGAAGUUUCUGACCUCAGAAAGGCUCUCAUCAGAGAAACUCUCAUCUGCCCAGUGGUCGGCUCUGCUGUUUGUUUUGCAAAUGUCGGGAGAAACUCAGGAGAGGUUUGAGCUUUGGAAGUACAGAACGUCAGAUGAGGCACUGAAGAGACUGCUACCGAUGGUGAAUAACACCACACGUGCUUUGCUGGAUGGCUGUAAACUGAAUGAACAAUCCUGUACAGUGAUUGCCUCAGUCCUACAGUCAGUGAACUGCCCCCUGAAAGAGAUGGACCUCAGUAACAAUGUCCUUCGGGAUUCAGGAGUGAAACUGCUCUGUGUCGCACUGGAGAAUCCACACUGUAAACUGGAGAUACUAAAACUUGCCCUCUGUAAGCUCACUGGAGAGUCCUGUUCAUCUUUGGCCUCAGUCCUACAGUCAGUGAACUGCCCCCUGAGAGAGCUGGACCUCAGUAACAAUGACCUUGAGGAUUCAGGAGUGAAUCUGCUCUGUGCUGGGCUGGGGUAUCGACACUGUGAACUGGAGAUACUGAGACUAUCUGGCUGUUUAGUCACAGAGGAAGGCUGUUCUUCUCUGGCUUCAGCUCUGGGCUCAAACCCCUCACACCUGAGAGAGCUGGAUCUGAGCUACAAUCACCCAGGAGACUCGGGAGAAAAGCUGCUCUCUGCACAGAUGGGUCUACAAUGUCGGCUAAAUGUGGACCAUGGAGGCAAAUCCAGGAUCAGACCAGGAUUAAGAAAAUAUGCCUAUGAACUCACAAUGGACCCAGAUACAGCACAUGGACGUCUCUCUCUGUCUGAGGGAAACAGAAAGGCGACAUGGAGAGAACCUCAGCCGUACCCUGAUCAUCCAGGGAGAUUUGAUUACUGGCCUCAGGUUGUGUGUAGAGAGGCUCUGACCAGACGCUGUUACUGGGAGGCUGAGUGGAAUGGCUUUAGUGUUAUGGCAGUGACGUAUAAAGGAAUCCGACGGAAGGGAAAGAGUGAUGACGGGAGGUAUACCCUCAAUGUGCAGUCCUGGGGGCUUUGGUGCUUUGAUUUCUAUUAUGCUGCCCGUCACAAUAGACAUAGUACUGAAAUAGCAAUCCCUCCCUCAGACGCGCACAGAAUAGGUGUGUAUCUGGACUGGCCGUCUGGAACCGUGUCCUUCUACAGCAUCUCUUCAGACACACACACGCUCACACACUUACACACAUUCCACUCCACAUUCACUGAGCCCCUCUAUGCAGGGUUUGGAUUUGGGCUCGUUCUCGCUGACGCGGGCCUAGGAGCCACAGACUCACAAAUACAAAAGCUACGAAAGCGAGAAUUUUUUUUAUCUAUCAAAGAUCUGUGA